GAGUUAAGUCCAAAGUUUCAGUUGACAAAGUACAUUUAAUCGUUUUCGCAAGUGAUCGUGAUCUCAAGUGCUAAGUGAUCUUUAAGUGGCAAUGUUCAGUGUCUGUGAAGAAAAGAAUUUUGGUUGAAAAACCUGUGAAAUUGCCUUAAAGCCAAGAAGACCAUGCAAUUGUUCUCUGAAUCAAGUGAAUUAGAUCUCGAUCCUCCUACGCAGAUUUUUAGCUAAAACACCUGGUCUCACACCUUUUUGCCGCAAGUUUAGCUUAUUUGCUUAUUCGAUGAUCUUGUGAGACGCCUGCGAUAUAUUCGCAAAUAUUCGCAAUAGAUUUUUCUGCCAAAAAGCCCUGGCAAUUAUUUACAUAACAAUCAACAAGACAUUUUGUGUUGUUCGAGGAGUGUAUGUGAUCUUACCACCCAAGAUCUCGAGCAAAAGUGCCAAGCAACAGGAAGAAUGCUUCGCCCAAUUUGGAUAUUUGUGAUCAUUUCAUUGGGCUUAUCUAACUGCUGGAGAAUGGACUACAAACCAAGGAUCUACGGUGAUCGUGUUCCCGCCAAAUUGAUCGCACCACAUUUGCGAAAAGUUCAGCAACGCAUCGUCAUGCUGCACGAUUAUUUUCGCACUAAAGUCAUUCCACCCGCCUCCAAUAUGCUCAUUAUGAAGUGGCAUCAUGGAGCUGCAAGAGCAGCCCAGAAAUGGGCAGAUCAGUGUCGACUCUUGACACAUGACUCACCCAAAGGGCGCUGGAUCGACAACUUCGGAGCCUGUGGACAGAACAUCUUUGUGUCAACGCAGAAGGUGCCAUGGCUUUUUGCGUUGCGGAUGUGGUUCAGUGAAAAGCACAACUUUACCUACGGCUCCCCCAAGAAUGACCUCCAUGUCGUAGGGCACUACACGCAGAUGGUCUGGGCAGCUACUCACAAAGUCGGUUGUGGCCUGGCCAAAUGCGCUCGAGGAUUCCGAGGAAAGUCCUACUACAACUACGUCUGCAACUACUGCCCCAUAGGAAACCACGAUGACAAACUGGGCUUGCCUUACAAGAUCGGACGACCGUGUCAAUCUUGCCCGCAUCAUUGUCACUCCAAGAGAGUCAGAUUAUGCAAAAACAGCUGCUAUGCUGCUGAUCUUUGGGCAAAUUGCCAUGAACUCAACAAAUGGCCAGGAUGGCUCUGCAACACUGCCACUCAGGAAGGUCUAGAACGCAGAAGAAACUGCCUGGCCACAUGCACCUGUCGUCACAAGAUUCACGACUAAAUUCCCGCGAAGGUCGCUUCUGAACCUGCCCUACAAAGCCCAAGAUCGUGCUUCCAGAGGUGGUGAAAGUGCUCUGGAUUCUGGUCUCAACUGUGAUUGGAUUUUAAAUGCCCUCCUCAGAGAGCAUCAA